AUGGCUGACCUGCUGGUGCCAGGUUACAAUGAUGCCAAUCGAGCAUUUCUACAAGCGCUCCUCGCCCGAAAUACCCUGACCUGGGAGACUGCGAAGCCCCUCCUUGCCGUACUUGCCUCAAUCCGCGAGGGGCAGAACGUGUCGUCAAACGACAUAACCCAAGAUGACCUUGACGCCUACAUCAGUAAAACUAAUAUGGCACUGUCUCCACUAGACAUGGAAAUUCGAAGCACUCUGCAUCAACUGACUCGCGAACGAAUCUAUGCCCUUGUCAAUACCACGAGUGAUCCCAUCAUGCAACUGGCUACAACAUAUUCUGCUGAUGAGAUCGCGUUUGUCAAGAAGAUGCUCGAUGCUAUGUUCGACGGUGCUGCCAAUCGGGGAAAGAAUGAACUCAUGUGCCUUAGCGGCAUCCAGGUCGUGCAAUUGGCUAAGAACACCGGAAGACGCGAGACCCAGGGCGAUGCGACGCAACCCAACCAACCUCGACUCACAGGACACGAAGCGGAAGAAUUGGUCAGAAAGCUCGAGGCUGAGGGAUGGCUGGAAAAGAGCGAGUCGGGCUUCUACACACUGAGUGCAAGAGCAUUAAUGGAACUCAAGGGGUGGCUCGUGGAGACCUACAACGAGGAUGAGGAUGGCCAAGAUGGUAUCAGGUUGCAGAAGAUUAAAUUCUGCCACGCUUGCAAGGAGAUCAUCACGGUGGGUCAACGAUGCCCGCAAAGCGAGUGUCCUUGUAGGCUCCAUGACAUCUGUACACAGAACUUCUUCCGAUCGCAGCGGUCACGAACCUGUCCGCUUUGCAAGACGGAAUGGGACGGAAAGAGCUAUGUCGGUGAAAGAGUCGUGAUCAGUCCAGAUCGUCAGCCUAUUGGAGGACGAUCGAGACGCUCUACGGGACGUGGAGCAAGAGCUAAUGGCGACAACAACGAAAGCGAUGACCAUGAAGAUAUGACCUGA